AUGAAAAAAAUAGGAAAAGGAAAACAGAUUUUACUUUUUAUAAUCAUACAAAAUAUAUUCAUAUACUGUCAAUCUUUUAGUUUUACUUCAAAUACUCUAACAUCAACUAGCUUUAGUACUGAUAAAAUCAUUAGUGCUACAUAUAAAAGCGCAGGAGUAGUAGCUACUUGCUAAUAAAAUAUGUCUGUAAUCAAGGCACUAUCUUUUUCUAACACUUAUACUGCAUCUAAUGUAAAAUCAUAUUCAAGUUCUGGAAAUUGUAUUAGUGUUUAAUUCUAUUAAUCUGCUACACAAAAUUUAAUUUUAUCGAUUUCUCAGUAAUCUGGAAAAUUAUUAAAUUAUGGUUCAAAUUAAAUUAGUCUUUAUAAUACUCUUUUUUCAACUAGUAGCAAUACAUACACUUAAACUGUAUCUGUAUACAGUUCUGUAUAAAGUCAGGAAGGAAUAUUGGUUGGAUUUUCAAAUGGGGAAAUUAAAAACUAUUUUUAGAAUGUUAAUCAUUAAACCUUUAACAACUGUACAAACUAAGUCAUAGGGCUAUGGUACAGCCAAAUAGAUUCAGUUAAUUUAGUUUUUGCUGCAUGCGGAGCUUCUACAAUUUUUAUUUAUGAUAAAAGCAUAAUUCCUACUGGUCAUUCUGUUUAAUAAACCACUUUUUAUGCUAUAAGCUCAUAUUAGAUUUCAAAUAAUGUUAAUCUAAUAAAAUUUAUCAAAAUGGGAGUAGAUGCUAAUUAUACAUGUGGAGCUGUUUCUAAAUAUGGUUCAACAUAUAAAAUGUUGGUGCUUUAUUAUUCAAGUAAUGCAUUCAACCUUUAUAAAACAUUUACUUUGAAUAAUGAUUUUGUUGAUAUUUAUGGAUUAACUAACUAUUUUAUGGUGCUUUAAUAAAAUCUUAUCACAGUUUUUAAUUUCGAUGGAAACAUAUUAGGAUAAUCUUAAACUAUAUCUAAUUAAUUUACUCUUUUCUCUUUUUUGGAUGAAACAAAUUUCAUGACAGUUGAUAACUAAAAUAAUAUUUAAAUAUGGACUGUCACUUUUAGCACUACUCCUUGCCCUUAUUACUGCAAAUGUUUAUUAGGAUCUUCUAUUUGUACUUCUUGUCCAUCUAAUAGUAACAGAGCCAGUUUAGACAUAAAUAAUAAAUGUCUUUGUAAUCCUGGUUUUUAUGAUGAUGGAGUCAGUUAAAUUUGUAUAAUAUGUCACUCUUCUUGUAAAACUUGCAAUGGACCAAAUGAUAACAAUUGUUAAUCAUGUUAAGAUGGUUAUUUUUUAGUAUCAGGCUAGUGCUAGUAAUGUGAUUAUAGUUGCUAAACAUGUUAAAAUACAAAUAACUUUUGUCUAUCAUGUAAUCAAUCUUUAGGACCUAGAACCUUUAAUGCAGCAAAUGGAACAUGUUUAUGUACAUUAAAUUAUAUAGAAAACUAAAAUAAAAUUUGUAGUUGCACUAAUGAUUAUUGUUUGACAUGCAACCCUUUAGAUGGAUUUUAAUGCUAAAGUUGUAAAAAUGAUACUUCAUGGAAUUUAACACCGUAUAAAAAAUGCGAAUGCAAAGAUGGAUUUUACUUGGACUAAACUUCAAAUGAUUGUAAAAGGUGUAGUUUUCCAUGUAUAAAAUGCAUAGGUUCUAGUACACGCUGUAAGUCUUGUAAAAAUACACAAACAUGGUAACUAGUAAAUAAUUCAUGCUCUUGUAAAGUAGGAUAUUAUUUAGACUAAAGCUCUUAAGAAUGCUAAGCUUGUCCUUCUCUUUGUUCUGAAUGUAACAGUAGUACUUAAUGCACUUCUUAUGGAUACUAUUUUGAUAUUUCUUCAAAUGAUUGCUUACCUUGCCCUCCUCUUUGCUCAGCAUGCACUAGCAGUAACUUUUGUACUUCUUGCAAAAAUUCUACAUCUAUGUAGAUUUUUAAUAAUAUGUGCGAAUGCUCAAGUGGAUUUCAUUUAAGUUAAGAUUAAAGAAACUGGAUUCACCAGGAUGGAGUUUAGAUAAAAGUAAAAAUACUUGUUAUUGUACUGAUGGAUACUAUUUUGAUAUGA